GUGCAGCCUGACGGACCACAUCCUGACAGGAAGCAGAAACAGAAAGUAGUAAACAUCGCUGCAUAUUGUGAAAGGUUAUCAUAUUUAAACAGUUUUAAUUAUGACAAGGCAAGUGCAUCUGUAAAGCUCUCCCUGCAAUUAAAUUGCUCCUCACAUGAAUGCAGAGAUGUUUCUAUAUAUCUUAGGGUUGGUGGUCUUAUUUUAUGCCUGCCGGUGGUUAAAAGAGUUGAAGCAAGUGCCAAACAAAUCAGAGAAAUUUGUGUACAUCACGGGGUGUGACACAGGUUUUGGAAACCUUCUAGCCAAAUAUCUGCAUAAAGAGGGUUUUUGUGUAAUUGCUGGCUGCUAUACAGAGAAAGGAGAGGUUGAGCUGAAGAAGGUCUGUUCAGCCAGACUCUCGACUGUUCAAUUAGAUGUUACUGAUAGUGAAAGCAUCAGGAAGGCAGCAGGCAUCAUAAAAACUCUGGUGAAAGAGAAGGGUCUCUGGGCUGUUGUAAACAACGCAGGAAUAUCUCAGCCAUCAGGGCCUGUUGACUGGAUGGUUGUUGAUGACUUUAUGAACACGAUCAAUGUGAACCUAUUAGGCGUCAUUGCUGUGACCAUGAGUGUGCUACCCUUAAUUAAGAAAGCUAAGGGCCGCAUUGUCAAUAUGUCCAGUGUGCUUGGAAGAAUAUGUUUUCCUUCAAGUCCAUACUGUGUCUCAAAAUUUGGAGUUGAGGCAUUCAAUGAUUGCCUGAGGUUAAACCUGGCACCAUUUGGCGUUAAAGUACUGUGCAUUGAACCAGGAUUCUUCAAAACAAACAUGGCAGACACUAGACAUGUUCAAGACAGUUUAUGGAAAAUAUGGGCCAGGCUACCACAAGAUGUCAGGGAUGACUAUGGAAGUGACUACAUUGAUCGAGUGAAAGUAAUGUUGACAGAGAAGAUUGAGAAGAAUCUGGAUGGAGAUCUGAUGAAAGUGGUGAACUGUAUGGCACAUGCUGUUUCUGCUGUCUAUCCUCGCACCCGCUACUCUCCUGGCUGGGACGCAAAAUUUUUCUGGCUGCCUUUGUCCUACAUGCCAUCCUUUAUUUCUGAUGCCAUUCUAUUAAAAAACAGCAUCAGACCUAAAGCUUUCAAUUAAUAGGCCAUGUACUGUAGGUUUUAUAAAGUUUGUAUGCAUUUUUUUGUUACAAGACAUUAACCACUAAACUCUACAACAUAAUUAUGUGUAAAAUUUAAUUUCAAUAAUCCCACUAUGUUUUAGCAAUAAACAAUUUGUUAGUUAGAGAUUGAGAAGGAGCUGAAGGGGCAGAGCAACAAGAACAUAAACUAAACAUAAAAAUGUGUACAAAUUGUUCUUCAAUGUUAAUGGUAUAUAUCCUGACAUCGAUGGCAAUAAAGCUGCAUGUUGGAAAUACAAUGGGCAUGAAAAUGUGGUGAUGUUUUGUAGUGGCCCGGCAUGAAUAACAUGAUAGCAUUAUUGCACAGAUUAGGAAUGACUUUAAGAGGUAGUUUCCUGUCUAAUAUAGAAUCCAUGAGACAACAAACGUCUUAGAACAAAGGCCAAAAUUGGUGGCUUGGCUAGUGCUGUCCAGAAAAUAUGGGAUGGAUCAUUUGUGUGCCUGGUAGGCAGAGAGAAUAACUCUGUCCAUUUUGUACAUCUUUUACAAUAAACAUGUUAUAACACCCGCUUUUCUGUGAUCUCCACAUUUGCACAGCUUAUCCUGGCAAAAAUAAAUAAAUAAUGCAGUCUUAAAGGGAAAUAAAAUGUGUAUGAGAAAUUAGAUCAACAUAUAUAUAUAUAUAUAAAUAAUUUCUCAUACACAUUUUAUUAGAUCAACAUAUAUAUAUAUAUGAUUUAAAUAACAUAUAGAUCCUAAUUACACUGAAGAUUUCAAAAGAUUAGGCAAUGUUGAAUUUAAAAAAAUAUUAAUAUAUCUGAAUUCAACUGAGAUUUUUUCUUAUGGUGAUGGUAAAUUUAUUUUUUAUUUUUUUAAUGCACAUGUAUAAGUAGAAAACUGGAAUACAAAAAUUUAAUUGUGUAUAGUAUAUUGAUGCUUAAAGUGCUCUUUGUGCACAUGACAAUAAACUCGAAACUUUGUAUA